CUGCCAUUUCAGGAUUAGUCGCAGUGACCCCAUGCCCCCCCCCCUUGAUGAAAUCCAGAGGCAUUUGUUUCUCGGCCACUCCAGCAUCCUGUGAUCAAUGGCUGCCGUCUUCAUACCAAGGUCAUGGGCCAUCGCCUUGGGCUAACUUCCCAAUUCAUCUUAUGGCAUUAGGUGGAUCAAUUACGGCAGGUGUCGGAUCUUCAGAUUUCAAUGGCUAUCGAAAGCACCUUCUUGAGAUGAUACGGUCCUCUGGCUGCGAUAUCUGCAUGGUGGGAUCACGGAGGUCAGGGUCCACGGAAGCGGGUGAGCAUGAAGGCUGGCGGGGAUUUAGGCUUGAUGAAAUCGAGAAGAAAGCGAGAAAGUCUGUGCCGCGGCUCAAGCCAAACCUUUUUACGAUCAAUGCCGGCUCCAAUGAUUGCAUCCAGAAACUUAACAUCGACGACUUUGGGAAACGCAUGAGCGCCAUGCUGAAUUAUCUUUGGCUAGCAUCUCCCGGAUCAACAAUUCUGUUGUCGACAUUGGUAUGCAACGCGGACCAAGAGAUAAAUUCGCAGGUACUACGAGUGAACGACCAGAUUCGAACCUUGGUUAGGCAGAAAGCCACCCACGGCAGAAUUAUCCUUGCAGAUAUGUACACGGAACGAGGACCGACAUUUAUCGAUCUUGUCGACGGCACUCACCCGGGGGAUGCGGGAUACAGAAAAAUGGCUGAUGUCUGGUUCAGUGGCUUUCAAGAGGCCGCGAUCAUGGGGUUCAUUGGAAACACCGCAGAGUAAAUGCCGUUGAAUAAAUUUGAUUACGAAAAUGAGAAGUGGCUAGGCUGCAAAUUUGCGUCAUUUACGAUUAUAUGCAUGUCCACAGUCCGUGUCCUCAUUACUUUAUACCCUUGGGAAAUUCUAGUUUACAUAGAGCUUAGGCUGAUUUGAUACCCGCAAAGCUUAUGAACGCUAUUUCAAAGAUGAAGUCAAGAUCUCAGACUUCCACAGCAUGUAAGCAGU